AAAUUCAUUUGAAACUUUCCCAGACUUGUGAAAUCACACAACUUGUCAUUCGAGGCAGUUUCCUGUGUGCACAGAACAAAUUUCACCAGCACUCGCGUGAUGUUUAGUGUUUAGUAGCAAAAUGAGCUUGUUACGGACGGGACUUUACGUGUUCUUUGCGCUCGCACUAUUAGAUAAUCUCGCCUCACAGGUUGAAAUGAAGAAACUGAGAGGCAAUAAACGGAACUAUAUUAUAAAAUGCUGCGGCCGUAAGUCUUGCAUAAAUGUGUCCCACAAAAAAGCAAACCACACAUUGAUUAAACAACCGACUGUAUCUUUGACGAGUCGUUUUAAAACAUUGCCACUUGGAGUAAGCAGAGCCGAGACUGCUGGAGGUAACACGGAAAUAAUGGAAAACGCCAAGACGGAUGCUGCAGCAGCGCCUGAGAGUACUGCAAACGUCAAUUUAGACCCACAAAUUGAUGCAAAGUCACAGGCUCCAGCUGAAAUAACAGUUUUUCCGACUGAUCUAAUGAAUGGAGGAGGAACCCCAAGCUCAGAAGCUGAAAUUACUGCUGUAGAUGCAACGCCACCCACUUCACCGAUUGGAAUCCCCAAAAGUGGCUCUACAAAGUAUGCUUCGACAACAACUACCUCGACAAACACCCUAUCGCCUAGCAAAGUCUUGACGAGCCCUUCAUUGACGGAUACCGCUUUGACGCAGACGAUUUUUUUGGCGCAGACAAGUUCAACCAGCACUGUCACCUCCACAGGCACCACAUUGACCAGCAACGUUUUGAGUGGUGGAUCCACAUUAAUGUCCCCGUCCACCACUAGUACAAUUAGUACCAAAUCUGCACCGACAACCACUACCCUGCCCUACUUGUACAACUGUUCGGAUUUAACUUGCGCUAGAAAUGCGUCACUUUUUGACGCUAGUGCAAAUCUUAUAGAUGCACAAAAGUAUGGUGCCUGGAGGGAAAUCUGCGGAGAGCUGUAUCUUUUUGGAAAAUCCAUUGUGACAUGGGAAACUAACGUGAAGAGGUGCUGCAGCAUUGGAAUGAAACCAGUGGCGUUUGAAACUUUGGAGAAAUUCAACUGUUUUAAAAAUAUUACACAAUUUGAAGUGUGGCCUUACAACUUCAACUACUGGACGUCAGCCCGCCAGAUUUUCUCCAACAAUACCUUUCAGUGGUGUUUGUACAGCACUCCUGGAACUUUUACCAACGCCACCCCAAUGUGGGCAAUUGGAAACCCCAAUAAUUUAUCCUCUGUGAAUUGUGUGCACCUAUCUAUUCCCAAAAAUAAAAAUACAACCCAGCUGGCUCAGAAGAGCUGCAGUAACACAUUUAUUUUAUCAUGCAAGGGCCAACCAACUCCAGCCCCACCUUGCUUUACUCCAACUUGUCCCACUGGCAAAUGCAGCAAAAAUGACUCGUUGUACUCGUUGGCACGUGACAAAGUGUCAAAGUUUCUAGCAAAUCCUUCGCAAUAUGGGUCUUGGAAAAGUAUGAAUUAUCGGAUUUUCAUGUUUGGCAAUGCUAGUAAAACGUGGGCCGAAGCAUUCGCAACUUGUUGUGCAAUCGGAAUGAAGCUUUUAAGCGUCGACAUGGAUUACAAAUACAGCGUUUUGUCUCUAGCGCUCGGAAAUGACCAGGGAACUCUGUCCGGUAAAUACUGGACUUCAGGAACAGAUAACGGCUGUCCCGGUGCGUUCGGAUGGUGCGCUGCAAACAAACUGGUCCGGGGGCCGAUUUGGGCGCGUGGCGAACCUCAAAGUGGCAAAAACUGCAUUGCUGUUGAUGUCAGAAGCACAAACACGACUCUGUCAAGUGCAGAUUGCACUGCAUAUCUGCCAUUUAUUUGCGAAGCUAGGGACACAAGUAACUCGACGAGUGGAGGAAAAGCAAUCAAAGAAGAGUGUGCCUCGAAUUACAACAUUACUGAUGUUGAACAAGAAAACAUUUUUAACAGUACCAAGUUUGACGUGAAGAUAAAGUGCUUUUUAAAAUGCUUGGGUGAGAGUGGAGGAAUAAUGCUGAACGGUCGAGUUGUGGACGAACAGCUAAUAAAAUUGGCAGAGACUUUGUCGCCGAACAAUAACGAUCAGUUGAUGAGCGAUCUCAAAGCUGUCGACGAGUGCUCUGGCUUAAAGGGAAUGGACGAGUGUGACACGGCGGCAUUAGCUUAUCAGUGCGGACAGGAGAAAGCACCUAAUCUGGUUGCGAAUGCAAUCAAGGUCGUGGAAUUGAACAAUACCGCAGAAAAAUCUCCGUUGCAACCAGCUCUAGGCGAAUGUGCAACUGAUUACGAUUGUGCUGUGGUGCCUUACUACAGGAAUAUUUUCCUCUCUAAUGGCUCAUCGGAUGGUAUGCUUAUAGAUAUUUGUGGCAAACGCUAUCUCUUAGGGAACCAAGUUGCUUCAUAUCGGGAAGCUGCAACUUGGUGUUGCAAGUAUGGCUUAAACAUCAUUUCCCUAGAAACAGUCGAAGAAUUUAACUGCAUUGUUGCGUCGUCGUUAGGAGGCCAAGCUAGGCCGAUGAAAACGUGGACCUCAGCUACUAGGAAAGGAACAGCAAACAACGGAUUCCGUUGGUGCACAUCCAAAGCUGCGUUUGAUCUUUCUAUGUGGACAGUUAAUAACAUUGAUGCUUAUCCUGAAAACCAUAUAUUGACCAUGUAUAUUCAAACACCACCGACGAGCACUUAUUUUAAUACGGAUGACGACACUCAAAAAUCUAGUUUCCCCUUUUGUGAAGAACAACCACUUUAAAUUGAAAAUAGUGCAUGGAUGGGUAACAACAAAAAGUGUGGUUUAGGCAUUAUCCAUGCUUAUACUAUUUUCCUUUUAUUAAAAUAAAUAAAUAAAUGAAUAAUA